UGUGCAGUGGAGAGACCUAACAAACAAAUGGUGGUGGCAAUGGCAAUGGCAAUGGCAAUGGCAUGUGGAGCUUCAUCAUCAGUGUGUCGGCCGUGGGCCCAACCACACUGUUGAGCGACAUGCCGCUGUGGGCCCUUCUUCUUCCUCCUCCUUCUCCAUCUCCAGUUUAAUUAAUUAAUUAAUCGGUCGAGGAGGAGCGUGGAUGAGGCUGGAGUAUCUUUCCCAGCGUGCAAGCCACAUAACAGACAGCACCGCAGCCUUCCCCUCCUCACGUACACACCCCUCAUCAUUCCCCCACCCUCCCCCCCUCCCUCUCUCUCUUUCUCAUCUCCACCGGCUCACUUCACCUCUCACCCCUUUCCUUUCCUUACUUGCCUCUUCCUCGUCUCUAGCUAGCUCCGCUCUCAGCAGUCAGCACCACCACCAUCGCCUUCUGCAUGCAUGGAACUUUCUUCUGCUCACAAACUCCAGUCAUAUAUUGCAGCCAUUGCUUGGACAUCAUCAGUCGCAAGGAAUGGUGUUAAACCCCAAGAACCAACAACAACAACAACAACAAGCACAAGGGCAAGAAAAGAAGGCAAGGCCUCAGCCAGAGCAAGCUCUCAAGUGCCCUCGGUGCGCCUCCACCAACACCAAGUUCUGCUACUACAACAACUACAGUCUCUCGCAGCCGCGAUACUUCUGCAAGAGUUGCAGGAGGUACUGGACCCAAGGGGGCUCCCUUAGGAAUGUCCCCGUCGGAGGUGGCUGCCGGAAGAACAAAAAAUCAUCGUCGUCGUCGGCAUCGGCGGCAGCAGCAGCAGCAUCCUCCUCCACAAAAAUCAUCAAGCCAUCAUCUGACCUCGACAACAACAGUACUACUGCCAACCUGCUAGCCAACUCCUUCCCUCCACUCCCCUCAAUUCCUCACCUCUCCGACGACCUGACCUUAGCCUUUGCUGCUGGCCUCCACAGGCAACCACAUGAUAAUAAUGGCUUUCUUCUAGGGCAUAAUGCAGUUAAUAAUAUCAUCCCUUCCGCAAACCCUAGCUUUCUCGACAUAUUGAGGAGCACUACUACUGCCGCCUCCUCUGUUAAUGAUCAUCAUAAUCUGAAUACUAUUCCAAACGCUGAGGAUUUGAGCAACCUGUACUACGGUUCAGAAGAGGGCUUCUUGUCCUUCGACGGAGAUCUGCAACCAAGAAGAGUGCAAGGCGGCGGCCAUGAAGUAGGGGCAUGCAGCAAGGACAUGGAGGAAGGUGGUGGUGGGGAUCAGACCAAGGCAGCGAUGGGGGGAAUAAAUUCAUGGCAUGGACUCGUCAUGAAUGGAAGCUCCUUCAUGGGGGCUGCAAGGAUGGACAUGCCUACCUCCACACUUGGAGAUGCUUACACUUUCUUCUAAAAACUACUAAAACUUAAAAGGUUCUUUUCUUUUCUUUUCUUUUGGUCACAUGGCCUUCUUGUGUUCUACUGGAGAGUCUAAUCGAAUUAAAAAUUGAAUGACAAGACUUGUUAGUAUUUAAAAUAUCAUAAGUACUUCAAACUCU